AUGAAUUCUGGAAGUGACAACGAAGAAGAUUUGUGCUUUGAAUUGAUGAAAUACGUGGCAUAUCGAUCGAGUAGACGAGAAUCUUAUUCAUCACCGGCUCAAUUGUUGAGACGGUUCAUCGAAAAGUACAGAUGCCCUCUUUCAGAAACAGCACUACGCGAGAAGCUCAAUGAGCAUCUUCUGAAACUUCACGAGAGGAAAGAUGUUGAUGAAGAAACAAAAGUGAGGAUACUUUUCGCUCUACAAGCUCCAGUUCAUCCCUCAUUUCUGAAAGAAUUACACAAACACGCAAUAGUGAGAACUCGAGACGUUAACAAAAGACGAAUUGUGCAGUACAAGAAGACCGACGGAAGCAUUGAAUUGAGCGAUAAUGAACGACAAAAAUACCUUCUACAAAUGAGAAAUAUUCUGAGUUACUGCGCGAGAAUAUCAAAGAAAGUUUCUCCGAAUCGUAUGCCGGCUAUCGAAAUGUUGAGAUUUUAUGAAGAAGAAUAUGAAAUUGUGGAACUGAGAGAAAAUGAAACUUUCGAAGACUUAGUUCGCCUUUUGAAUGAAGAGAUUUAUGAAUAUGUGCAUAAAGAUAAGGAGACGAGAAUACGAAUGUUGUAUGUAAUGAAAACAGAAAUUGGAGAGGAACUUCUCGAAGAACUUCAAAGAGAUGGAAUAGUAGAAUUGGAUGCCGAACAGAGAAUCAAGAGAUAUGAAACAAAAGAUGGAAACUUGAAGUUAGAAGUUAUUCAGAGAAGUUCAGAAGAAGAUGAGAGGAAAGAGGAAGUCGAAGAACGAGAAGAUGCGAAUGAAGAUACUUUUGAUAGUUCCGAUAGAGUUGUGACAAAUUCAGAUGAUUCUGAAUCAUGUCAGAGAAAGAGGAAAUUGAGAAAUAGCUCAUCGAAGACGAAUGCAACUGAUCACAUCUCUGAUGAAUCUCAUCGAGUCGAAGACGAUUACAAACAAAAUGUCUUGCAAAUACCAAUCAGUUCGUCACAAAAGGCUAAUGGAAACAGUACUGAAAGACAAGAUUUGCUUACACCAAAACCAGAGGAACCAUCGGAUGAUAGUGAUCAUUCUGGAGAGAAGGAAAUUGGAGGGUUAUCUACAAGUAAAGGAAUCAGAAAACGAACGGAUCCUGGCGACCUCAAUCCGAGUAGUUCCAAGAGAAUUAAACUGGAAAAUAGUAAUAAUAUGGAGCAAAGUGAUAAUCAUACAAUUAAAACAGAAAACCAUCAGAGUUCACCAAUGCGUGAUAAUAUCGAAUCCGAGCAGCAGUGGCUAGAAGAUGUCGAUGCUCUGAUACCGGAACCAAUAAACGAUCUGAUGCAGUUUAAGGACGAAGUCGAAGAAUAUCCUCUCGAAAAUUUCGAAGCGGUUCCAUUGAUAAAGCCGGAGAUUCUAUAUGAAACACUAGAAGAACCAGUUGAUGACUCAACAAGCCUCAAAGAUUUUCUACAUCUUCUACUCGGAGUAGUUGGGACAUUAGAUACAAAUUUUAGUUAUAAAUCUGUGAGCAAAAUCAAUGAACGGCUUCUAAAAUUGGGAAGCAGAGAUGUCAGUGUUCCAAUCAAUAAAGUGCUCGUCGCCAUGGGAUCUUGUCUUCAAAUUGUCAAUCCGACGGCAAAGACCUGCGUGCCAGACAGUGUAGAAACUAUGAGUCUUGGAGAAUUCAUUCUACUUUUGCAAGGAUCUAUACCCUUCAUUGAUCAUCCGAAAUUCGAUUCUUUCCGAGAGAAGCUCAACCAAAUUAUGAAUGAAGGUCAAGAUAAGAAAAUUCCAAUUUCUUCGAUUUGUCUUGCCAUCACCAUGACAGUUAGCACCGUUGCUCCCAUGUGUCAAUUGUAA